GCUAGGAAGGCCUCUGUAGCCAUGGCAAGUUCUGAUGUGAAACCAAAAUCAAUAAGUCGCGCCAAGAAAUGGUCAGAAGAAAUAGAGAACCUGUACAGAUUUCAACAAGCAGGAUAUCGGGAUGAGAUCGAAUACAGACAAGUGAAGCAAGUUGCUAUGGUAGACCGCUGGCCAGAGACAGGCUACGUGAAGAAGCUUCAGCGGAGGGACAAUACUUUCUACUAUUACGACAAGCAGAGGGAGUGCGAGGACAAGGAAGUCCAUAAAGUGAAAGUUUACGCCUACUGA